GGGAGUGAGGCGCCCAUGGAGGCCUGGACCCACCUUUACUUCCUCUCCCCACCCCAUACAGAGGAGUCUGCAUCUGUGCUGUGGGACUUCAAAAAGGAAGCAGAAAACAAAUUGAAUUAUCCACAUCAUGGCGAGGUGCCGCCACCACUCAGGAUAUCUGGCUGACGACGAGGCUGCUCACAGCACCUAUGUGGCCCCGCUGCCCAAGAAGCAUCUGUUGCCAGAAAUGAGGCCAACCUGCAAGCUUGGGCAUGUACCACACCUACCAUCAAUGAACCAAUACUCGGAGCACCAAGGCCACCAGCAAAACCUUAGGCGCCCCCUGGCAUUUGGUGGCUUCCUGGAUUUCCUCACAGAGGGUCAGGUACUGGACAGCUUGCAGACAGUUGUGGAGCAGGCAACAGAACGUUUGGCUGCCAUGAAGACAGAGGCUGGCGUGCCACUGGUGGAUAUUCAAGACCCCGUGGAGGUGCCAAGUAGUAGGCAUCGGUCUCGAGCCAGACCCAGCAUCAACACUGUGCACCGGCACCGUGCUCGGCCCACCCUGUGUGCUGGAUACCCGAACAAUUACCCGUCUUGCUCCAGCUCCAUGUCUGACUCCCAUAGCAGCAUCACAGCUGGGUGGCUGGGGUCCCACAGCCAAGACAGUGACCUGGGUGCCAGAGGCAAAGGCUCACUGCCACCUAUGAGGGACAAACUCCUGCUUGAGAAAAACCUCAGGAGGCUACUCCGACUGGAAAACAAAGGGAAAGUCCUAAAUCAAUCCUGUUCCCAGAGGGAUUCCCCGCUGUGGGAUUCACUGGGCAGCCAAACCAGCAGUCAGUGGACCCGGGAGCAGCCCCUGUCUUGGUUCUCUGGACUCUUGGGCUCCAGUUCAGUCACCCCUGAAACUUCAGAGCUGGGACUUGGAGAACAGGAGAUGAUUUUCCUCAAACAAAAGUUAAACAAGGAGAUAAAGUCACUGCUGAACCAGCCAAGAUCCUUCAACCUGCCUACCUAUUGUCCACUCAGGGAACCCCAUCAUACCCUGGACUUCCUGGCUGAGCAUCAUCUCUUUCCUGCCCUGCAGCAUGUGGUCAGCCAGGCUGUAGACAAGCUCAGCCAUGCCUGCCGCCACAAUGGCUUCCCCCUCUUCCCAGUUACCUCAGAGACCACGCCAGUGCUGCCUGGAAACUCCGAUCUUCUGCAACCCAGCUCUAAGGCUUCCAUAUCCAACAGGGAGGCUAGGGGAGAGCCUUGUGAUUCUCCCACCGCAGCCUCCAGCCCUAAGACAUCUCACAGAAAAAGCAAGGGCAGAAGGGGCUCCCCACCUAACGAAGUCCAGAUGGCUACCAGAUUCAGGCUCAAGGCGACACCUACACAGGUCUCUAAUGCCCCUAUCCCCUCAUUCCACUCCAUGCAGGAGGCCCCUAACUGUGAACCCCAACUGCAGAAACAAACUAUGGCCUCAAACUAUAACCAUAUAUCUCGGCCCUGUCAUGGCCUACACCUCACCUUGCCUGCCCCUGGGAUCAGAGUUGAGGUGGCCUCCUGCCAGGGACGUCUCAGGGGCCCAGUCCAGCAUCGUCUUGCCUCCCCCUGCUGUCUUCACUCCCAUUUCCCUUUCCCUAUGGUCCCCCCAUUCCUUUCUUUGGGAAAAGGCUUUUCCACUUCCCCUCCUACACUGCAUCCAGAGGUGACCUCAAGAGCAGGACUGGAGGCCUUAGAGGAACCCCUGAAGGGGAGGGGCUCCUUUACCGACCACUUCUAGUAGCCACUGUUACUGGCAGUUACCCAAGGACAAGGUCUCUUGCCCUGCAUUGCAGAACUCUUCUGAGGUAGAUAUAAGCUGCUUGGGAAUCAGGUAUCCUAGUCCAUCUAUUUCCAGUUUCCAGGAUGUUGUCAAAGAUUAAUAAAGGCUGUUUUUUACCCUG